AUGGUCUUCGCCGUUGGAUCCCAACUGUCCGAAUUGGCAGAGGUCGGUCACGGUAGCGGUCAGCAGAUGAGGAACGGAUGGGGCUUCUUUGAGGCAGCCAGGAAGUGCCACCGGUUAAUCAAAUCCACCUACAAUUUGGACGACGCCAUCAUCACUUUGCUUAUGAGUAUCUACCUCCUCGGAGCGUCUCUGCCCAGUCCAUGCUGGGUCAUGGCUGGAACAACAUCACGUAUCGUGCAAGAUCUCGGUCUGCACAAACGACCUUCCCCACAUCAGCUAUUCAAUGUCGAAAUCGAAUCUCGAAAUCGACUCUUCUGGGGGGCUUACAUGGUUGAUCGGCUCGUGGCGCUUACCUUCGGGAGACCUGUGUUGCUCUUGGACGAAGAUUGCGAUGUUGACCUCCCUGGUAAUGUGGACGAGAAAGGCAUCACGUCUCCUCACUCAUUGCAUUUCUUCCGAACGAGCAUAUCAGUGGUAUCUCUCCUUGAUCCAAUCAUCCAACUCGACGCCGUGCCCCGGAACGAAGAAAAUGAUGUCGAAACAAUGAUGCAGAUCGACGCCCAACUGCUUUCUUGUUGGUACAAGUAUCCCGGCGAUUUGACCAACGAUGAUGCAGAUGGAAGUAUCGAGCCUUCUACCCUGAAAAUCUUAUUCAUCACACAGCAAGCGCGCCUGGCUUUAUUCAGACACUUCACCAACAGUGCUCUCAACAAUUCUUUCCGGAGUACAUGCCUGAAGAAAAGCGUCGAGACCUCCAGACUGACGGCCAAAAUCGUGCUCAGGGUUGCCAAAGGAGUGGACUGGGAGGACGGGAUCGCCCACCGCUGCAACGACAUUGUGUACAAUCACAUAUUCCGAGCCUCUAUCGUCCUUUUACUAGAACACCGUCUCAAGACAUCGUCUGCGAUGGGAAAAGGGCAGGGGCCUGGUGCUGCACAAAACAAGCACAUCAAUAUCCUCUGGCAGUCACUACGAGCAGCAGCACAAACACAUCUAACCGCUGCCAAAUCAUUGGAGCUGCUUCAAGUCUUUGCCAACACCUUGAAUUUUGACCUCGGCCUCACAGAGGAGAAUGCUGACGAGUACGCUCCGGGAGACGGGACUGAUGUCCUCAUUCCACACGGGCCGGAUAUACGGACUUAUGAAACUCUCGCUGCACCGGAUUUGACGGCAUGCACCGCUUUGAUGACGGCUGACAUGCCAUCCCCAUGCCCAGAGAUCCAGCCACGACCAAAACCGAGCUCAGCCUUAGGAACAAACUCUUCCAGUCAUAUGCUUGCGACGGGUCUCACAUUUCCCAAGCGGGAUGAUGCAGGAGCUGCAGGUACCGUGCCAGAUGAAGAGGGGUGCCUAGGCACCGAAAAGCGACCUUCACCAGGCCAUGGUAGCAUUGGGUCCGAAGAUAUGGACUGGGCAAUGUUCCACGAACUGCUUGACCACGACAGCAUCUUUGAUAUGUAUGCAGGCGGAGUGAAUGGGAACGGCGAUUUUCCAGUUGAAUUCUGA